CAUUAAUGGCGAGCUUUAUAUAUCACUGUAAAGUAAGCUUUUAAUGUUAUAUCACAUUUUGACAUUUCUUAGAAUGUUUCAAAACACUAACUCAACACUAGUGAGGGCAAUAAAAGUUUGGCAGUAUUUCGUGGUAUGUUUAUGUUUGCUGCAGGAAAAUCGUUCGGCGUCCAUAAAAUUUUUCUUCUCGUCACAAGAUACAAAUUUCCAGCUGCGAUGGCUUCCUGCCAGAACUAAACCAUGAAGGAGGAUGUCCAGAUUUCGCUCUACGCCAGCUUUUCGUCCAAGUCACGGAUCUCUCGGGCAAGUAAAGUAUCUCGCGCGUCACCGGCGACAUGAAGGCCAAGGCCGAUCGUGACGAGGCCUCACCCUACGCCGCUCAGGACGUCGUCGAAAAGUGCAAGUCGCUGCGUGCCACCGGCGGAAACCGCACCAAGACACCGGGACCGGGUGCCCAGUUGGUGCUCCGUGCCUUGGCCUGUUCGUCGAAGAAUAUUGUGAAUUUUGUGAAUAUUGUGAAUAUAGUGCUAUGUAGUGUAAUCAUAAAUAAAUGCUCUGUUUUAAUUUGUGAGGUGUUUUCAUUUUUCCUGAAUGACACGAAGUUGUUCCUCAAGGAAGGCUUAGUCGACAAAAAGCAUCUGACUAAACAUAUUUCAGGUCGGACGAGACGGCUGGCGCAGGGCAUCUAGGUGAAACAUCUCAGUACACGCAGUUUAGAAUCUCGAAAGCACACAGCAAAAAAAAACAAACUUUCAAAACCGUCAUCCCAGCUCGAAAGCACUCUCCCUAGAGAGAGAGUGAGAGCUGCACAAAACUUUUUGAUUUUUCUAUUUCUGUUUUGUCGGUAACGUAGUAUUUUGACGUUUUACCACUGUAUAACUUUAUAUCAACUCUAGACGUCGCCACUCAAUUUUACCUCCAUGCGUAUAAAGUGAAUAUAAAGUUUCGAGACUCUAUAGGCAAACUUUAUAUGUUGAUAUAGAGGGGAUUUAAAGUUACCUUAUACAGUCCCGCGGUUA